AGGUGGCGAAAAUUGCUGCAAUCGCAAGAGUUUCAAGACAACCUUUUUGGUUUAGUCACAGAUGAGGCUCAUGUCGUUCCAAAAUGGUAAGUCCUUUUUGAGAUCAAUCAUUCCUUUGUAGUUCGAAAUGUUGCACAGUAAAUCCUGUGUUAUGAGUAUAAUCAGAAAUCAAAAAUUUCCUAUACAUCUACUUCAACGUGUUACACGUCAAGAAGAGUUAAGAAAUAAAAGUGUAAAUAUAAAUAAAAAAUUAAAAGUAAACAAUGUAUAACGAAGAAACUGCAGUACUUAUAUUAAAACAAAACUUAGAAUAAUUUUGCUCUACAAAAGCUGAAUAGUUAAGUGCUCUGGUUUCAGGUAAUAAACAGUUUCAGUCCCUUAUAGCUCUUGGGAAGAAACUAUACUUAUAGUAAUCAUGAUUUUCAGAUGGUUGGAUAAAUGAGUUCAUAGAGUAAUCCAUAGCUGUGUAAAUAUUCUACUUUACUGUAAUAUUCCAGAUGUGUUUAUAAGGUUUUUUGGUAAUUUUUUUUUAAAACAAAAUAAAUGUCAAAAAAAAAUAAAUAAAUUCUAGCUGCAAGGAUCUUGCAUGUUUAUUGUAGAUUCUAAUCUUUUAUUUGUGUGAAAUAGUGUGAGAUUGCUGCACAAAUAUUAAAUCCUUAUUGUUUCUUCUGAUUAUAUCAUACAUUUAUGAUAAUGUUUUUAACUUUCAGGGGUAAAGGAAAUGAAAAAAGCAAAAAGGCUGCAUUCAGGGAAUGCUUUUUUAAGAUUGGUGAUGUGCGCUCCCUGCUACCACAGGGGACUCCUGUUCUUGCUCUUACAGCCACUGCAACAUCCGAAGUUAUCAGCGACACAAUGAAAGGUCUCGCCAUGAAGGAUGACACAUAUCAAAUUCGGGUGAGUCCUGACAGACCGAACAUUUUCUUGUACAACAGAGGCGGAUCCAGGGGAGGGGUUGAGGGGGUUGCAACGCCCCCCUUUGAGAAUUUUUUUUUUGUUAUUUUGCUUGAUUCUUCGUAAAAGAAUAAUAGAAUAAAAUUGUUUUUACGAAGUUAUUUCACUUUUACCAUUCGACUGCUUGUCAAGUUAUGAAAAGAUAAUGUACAUUUCGCAAAGGUCGUAUCAGGUUCAGGUAUAACAAGCGACAUGAACAGGUGACACUCAUUGAAAAGUAGAUGAGAGGGAUUGAGACCAACCGAAUGCUUGAGUAUUGUUGAAGUGUGUACAACGUUUGACGAAAAAUGAAGAAAAUAACAGAUUUUUAUGCACAGAAAUCAGGUACGUUCUUGGUUCUUUUUCAAAAGAAGUAUUUUAAUUUAAUUCUAUAACACCAAAAACUGUUUUCAACAGCCAGUAUCCUCGACAUACCGUGUAAUUCAUAAACAAAGUGCGUUUUCCAUCACGCCGCCAUCUUGCCAAAUGGGUGGCGAGAAAAUCAUUCCUUUCAAAUAUAAAAACGAAGGUAAGCAGAAAUAAAAUUUUCAUUAAACCGAGGCAGAUACAUUAAAAUUUAUCAUGAUAUUAAGACUUAAUUAAUACUUCUAAAUGAACUGUCGUGAUAAAUACAGAAAAAAGCUGUUCUGCUCCUCCGAACAAGCUACCAAACCUCAGCAACCCAGAUGAUCAGGCUGAAGUGUCCGGGAUCGAAGGUAGAAGAUGCUUAUUUUUAUUUAUCUGAAUGGUAAACUUAUAUUGACCAGUCCGAGAAAAGAGUAUUUAUUCAAAUGAUGCAAGAAGUCAGGAGAAUUUCAAGUAAAACUGACUAGUACUAAUUUCGUUUUGUACACAGCUUUGCCUGAUGAAGUAUUGGUCGAGGUGUUUAAAAACUUCUCCCUUAAAGAAAUGCUUAAAACAAUAUGCCUGGUCUCACGAAGGUGGAGGCACAUUGUAAACAAUAACAACAUUCUGUGUGUUCUUUAAUGUCCUGUACUUCAUCAACGAUGUGAACAAAGUAGUUGUUGAACAAUUCAGCUACCUGGAUACUUCCAGGUAGUUCCCAAAACAGAUCCUGCUACUUUAUAGCCCAUAUUAGAGAGGCGCCUUUGACCAGGCAGCAUUGUCUACAGCGAUGACAGGAGAGCUUACGGAAACCUAGAACGGCAUUUGCCAACCCACGUUGCCCAGCAUCACAUGGUUGUCCAUAGUCAGAACUUCGUAGACCCAACAACUGGUGUUCAUACACAGGAGGCAGAGUCUGCAUGGAACAAUUUAAAAGGACCCAUAAAGGAGAGAAGAGGCAUCCCUAGAGAAGACGUCCAGUUGUAUUUAAGCGACAGAAUGUGGAGGCAUGGCGAGGAUUGGAUAACAUGAUGGCCAACUUUUUAUCUGUUUUAGCAGCCAGCUUUAGGGAUUAUACAGUGUAUUAAGAACUUUUUAGGACGAAUUAGUUGGGUUUUUUUUCUUCAAGGAAUAAAUGAGAUGUGACUUCUUUCUUUCUUCUUUCUUGUAACUCUUAUUUUUAUUGUUUAAAGAUAGUAUAAUUUUCUCGACCUUCUUGGUGUUAAAAUUAGGCUACGUAAAUGGUUAAAAAAUCAUGAAAGUUCGUUUUUUGAUGCGACUGAAAGAAACAAAAUUAGCCAUUACCCUGCACGGUUUUUUAAAGGUGCAAACGAAGGGUCUAUUUGGCCUAAUCUCAGAUUAUGUUAACAUGUUUCGCCUUGGCAAAAUCAAUAAGAACAGCUUUUUGAAGGUAAAAAUAAAAACAGAUUAUGAUUACGUUUAACUGCAGUUUACUUUCUUUGCCUCCCCGAAAAAGUGUUUUUCCACAUAUCACGUACUUUUUAGUUGCGUGCACAUGUGAAAUUACACUACAGUGGAAACCCACCCUUAAUCAGGGCUGCUGAUCAUGAACUAAGAGUCUUGUUGCUUUGGAAAGAGAGCCUGUGUUUAACUGGCUCCGUGGCCACAGUGCAACGUAAGACAGAAGAUAUGUAUUUCUGAAUCCCCUAUAAUACACGCUGUUUGCGAGUGUUUGCUUCUCCAUGCAAACCCUAAAGAGAACAGAGCCUCAGAAGAUUGAUUUCUAGGAUCCUUAGAGUGAUAAUUACGGUUAAUUAUGGCUUGCAAUAGAAUAAUAUGAUCCAAAUCCUGCUCAGUCUUGUCCAAGGCAAGAUCAAACAUUACUAAAAAGAGGUGGGGGACACCAAAUAAGUGAACUAACAUCUGGUGGGUCACCCACCUAUCAUGCAGACAUAAUCAAAUUAAAAUAAGAUUGUUAGACAGAGUCCGUUUGUUAGAGAAACUGAACAUUGCAAGGGAGGAGUUUUUUGGAAAAGGUGUUCAAGGGAGUGUCAAUGAAGUCAGCAUUCACCGUUUGGUUCAGGGGGUUUAAGGCCUGGGUCAAAGGUCUGUUCUGAGCAUAUUUUUGAUUGGCAAUAUAUCUCUUUAGGAGACCUAAACAUGCCUAACUCUCUACGUUAGGAAUGAAUGUACGCGAAGUUUAAAAUUAAAUUUUUGAAUACGGCAAGACUAUAUUUGGGUAAUUAAAAUGUUUCCCCGAUUUUUUUUAUCGAACUGCAAUGGAUGGUCAUUCCAAACGUGGAAGGGUUAGAAAUAUUUAGUACGAAUAUUAGAAAAAGUGUUAUUGCUCGACUGUUUUUUACGAUUUUGAGCUAAAUAGUCAUGUGGCAUAUCACGUGACUUGCUAACAUAAUAUUUAUACUGUACGAUUUUAAGGACAAUGAGUUCUUUAUGUGUGCCAAAGUUCGAUUUAACACCAUCAUCCAUGCAUAAGUUAUAGCCAAUAAUUCAUUUUUCACAGGUAUACUGUGAACUAAAAUGAUGCAUAAUCUCUCUACUGACGAACAACGACUUUCAGCUAACUUAUUCUUUCCUUUUUCUUUUGCUCCUUUUACAGAUAAAGCAUAAAAUAAUUAAAAGAUCAGUGCUAGCUCUUACAAAAUCAGUCUAUACGUCUAUAGGCUUAAUCCUUCAUAACAAGGUGUUAAACGGUAAAAAAAGUUAUCACUUUUGAGGGGGGCGUAAAAGAGAGAGGGGCUUAUUUAAUUUAGCGAAACAUCAACUGCAGCAAGAUUCUUGAGGACGGACUUGUGGUUACCGGGCAUUAUAUUGCUUUUUCUAACAGUAAGAAAAUGGCAACAGUUCUCCACAGAGAAGUAGAGCGUAAAUUUGAGAAGGUUAAGCACAAGAAGUUGAAGGUCAUGUGGUCCACGACCAAAAACAAUAUGAGCUUCCAGCCUGAAUAAACCAUAACUGAUCAGUCCACGUUAUUUUUUUGAAAAUAGGGACCUUAAGAUUUGUGGACGUCAUCUGUCUAGGAUGCCACCGGAAGUUUGUUUUCGCCUAAAAAUGUCACUGCACAUGUCUGUGUGUGAAUGGGACGGCGUUUCAGAUGUGGCGAGUACGCCAUUUUUUUUAUUUUGAAUCGUGCGUAAAACGCGAGUAUGUGUUUUUUUGUAACAAAAAGAUCAGUUCGGGAUCACCUCAACAUAUUAAGAGGUACAGGAAGAAGGUGAAUGCUGAAGAAAGGUCAAGUGGAGUGUCACCUGAACCUACAGAAUUGGACCAAGCACUGGCAAAUAUUAUUGAAAUAGAGGAAGUCGCUUCCACCUUCCAGGAGAUUGAUGAAGCAGUGGUAAAGGAGAAAGAGGACACUGAUAAACGGAAAGCUGGAAGUAUGAGAAAAAUGGCAAUGGAGAAGUUAGGAGAAACCCAGAAGAGAGAAGUUGAGGAAGGAGAACAGGAAAACUAUAUGAAGAAAAAGAGAAGUGGCAAUGAAACAAUCUCAUUUCUGCGUGAGAAAGCUGAAAGCGAGAAAGCAUUGAGAGAAGAAGGGUUACCGAUACGAUGA